GUGUUGUGUGGACAUCGGUGGCGCGUGAUGGGCACAGCGACUUGAACCCCACACCAUCUCCGACUCCAUCGGUUCGUCUGUCCGUCCAUCGUCGUCGUGAUUAGCGCCAGUCGGUUAAGAAGCCCCCAGCCAGCGCUUCACAAUGAACGCCAUCGUGGCGCUGUGCCACUUCUGCGAGCUGCACGGGCCCCGCACGCUGUUUUGCACCCAGGCGCUGCACUCGGCGCACCCUGGGGGCGGCCCCGACUCGUGUGGCCUCCCAGGGCCGCCGGCCAGAGGAGACCUUGGCCCGGCGGGAGGAGUAUCAGCAGGAGGAGGAGGAGGGGGCGAUGGUGGGGCGCACGCGAUGUCUCGCAGUGAAGCGGUGGACGCUCGAAAUUCGAUGGCGACGGCCGCGGCGGCUGGGUCUGGCUGCCACCGGGGCGGCGAUGGGGGUGACGGCCGCGUGGAGAUGGAGCGUGGGGUGGGGCUGGGUCGCGGCACGCGCCCGUCGUCGAGCCUUUCCGAGUCGGACGCCGGUCUCAGUGCCAGCUACGGCCCGAUGACCUCGGAAAUGUGCGAGGGCUGCCGCUCACUGGCCGCGGGCCACCCCGGCUUUGUGAGUCGCGACCGCGAAGCAAACAUCAGCUACGUGAGCCACCAGCACCCGACGCGCUCUGAGGUGUUCAGCAUCGUUCGCCAGGCCUGCGUGCGCAGCCUCAGCUGCGAGGUGUGUCCGGGUCGCGAGGGCCCCAUCCUCUUUGGCGACGAGCAGCAGGGCUACGUGUUCAGCCACACGUUCUUCAUCAAGGACAGCCUGGCGCGCGGCUUCCAGCGCUGGUACAGCUUCAUCGUGGUCACCAUGGACCGCAUCUACCUCAUCAACUCCUGGCCCUUCCUGCUCGCCAAGCUCAAGGCCUUCAUCGACGACCUACAAAGCAAGGCCAUGAGGGUGUUUGACUCGGAGCAGGCCGAAUGUCCCCAGCGAGCGCUGCGCAUCAACACGGCGUUCACACCGGGCUCCUACCUCCACCAGCGCAACGGCAGCGCCGCACGCUCCCUCCUCUCCCUCACCGCCGAUGACGACCUCUGGGCUCACCUCCACACCUCCUUUGCCUGGCUACUGAAGGCUUGUGGGAGCCGUCUUACUGAGAAGCUUCUGGAGGGCGCCCCCACGGAGGACACCCUCGUGGAGAUGGAGCAACGCGCCGAGCGCGAAGAGGAGGCGCGGCUGAGGCAAGACGCGGCUUCCGGUUCGGAAGGAGCCGAGUCCGCUCCGCUGCCCGUCCUCGCCGACGGCGUCUCGCGCUCCGCGGUGGGAGACGGGGGAGCGUGGGGGAGCAGAGGAGGGAGCAGCGAGACGUGGUGUGACGCGCCCGUAUUCCACUCUCUACGCCACCUGCGGCAGGUGUUGGGGCCGGCAUGGUUCCGUGUGCUGGCGUGGCACGUGCUCAUGGGGAACCAGGUGGUGUGGCAGGCUGACGACAGAAGAAUGAUGCAAUCGGCCUUCGACGUGCUCAAGACGAUGUUGCCUGUGGGCUGCGUGCGGAUCAUUGCGCACAGCGAGGAGUACAAGGAAUCCUACCACUGCAACUUCCUGGGCCUCCUUCCAGGAGUGCCACUGCCUCCUCAUGUGGCUGUCUCCGAGUUUUACGUGCUGGUGGAGGCGCGUGGCCCCGCGCUGCGGCGCGUUUACCCCGACCUCUCGGCGCUGGAGCACGACCCCCUUCUCAAGUACGAGUUCUCGCUCAGCUCCGGAUCGCCCGCCACCUCCGACAGAGGCCCCACGAUACUCAACCGGCUGGAGGCGGUGCUGGCCAACGAGAGCCUCUCUCUCUCCGUGGUGGAGCAGUGUGUGCAGUGUCUCAAGGAGGAGUGGAUGAACAAGGUGAAGGUGCUGUUCAAGUUCACCAAGGUGGAGAACCGCUCGCGCGAGGACACGCACCGCCUGCUCGCCGUGCUGGGGGCGGCCGACGAGGACAACGUGAAGCUGCUCAAGUUCUGGAUGACUGGCCUCAGCUCCGCCUACCGCUGCCACCUCCGCUCCGCCGUGCGCGGCACCGCCUGCACGUGACGGCCCGCGGCGCAGUGCUGACGAUGCCGGUGAUGGCUGAUGAUGAUGAUGGUGGUGGCGGUGACGAAGAUGGCUCUGCUGUGCCGUCGUGGAGAUUUUGGAACUCGGUUAAUAAGUGGGGCGGUGGGGAGUUUCGUGUAAUGCUUGUGGAAGCGGGUGGGGAUGCGGCACCCCACCCCCUUCCGCUGUGACUUUCAGAAUAGAUUGUCUGAACGUACGCGACGAGGUUAGGGGCGCGUGUGAAACGAUCGACUCUGUGAACAUCCGAGGAAAACGACGGUUGCGUCCGUGCGCAAAUACUGCACCGGCUCAUGACUGCUGGCGAUAGCGAUGAUGACUCUGCCGUGUCGCCGUGGCGAUUUUCCUAAUCGUCGUCGGCCUUCGUCAGUGUACUGCUGUGCGAGGGCCUGUCCAGGUCGUCGCCACCUCUCGCGAUCGUGUCGAUUUAACGAUCCGCCCGGGACCUGCGUGCGACAGCUAAAUUCGUCGCUCCGUCCCCUGGGUGGACGUUCUCUCUCGGUUACGUUCCGUUCCUUGGCCCGCAACUCCAUUGUCGGUCUUGACCGCUGCCACCAUCCCUUCUGGGUUAUGACGUGUCCUGCCCGAGCGUUUGAAUAACCUUCAUUUGCCUGCGUCUGCUCUCCAAUCCACGUGUUCCUCUUUGUCGGUGCCGUUCCAAUCGUUGACGCCCCCCCCCCCCCGCCUUUGCUUCUUUGUGCACUUUUCAGUUUUUGUUCCGUUUUGUCAAUGACCUCCAUUGUUGACACUCGUAGUGCGGACCUCCCAUGAGAGGGAUGAAACUGUGACGUCGGAGGCCUGCUGUCGGUGCUGUGACUGCUGCGGGGGGACAUGGCGUGACGGAAGUGAUGGGGGAGGCGCUGGCGAAGUCAAACAACAUUGCACCUCGAUGAAACGUUUCACUUUUUAACUGGAGCGCCUACCCAGCCACGGAGGAGCUACCAACUGAAUUCUGGUGGAAGGGUUCGGAAUCGGGGAGGUACAUACAUUCGUUUUAUGGGGGGCAUUGACCCCACUCCCCCUGCCGCCCCCCCCCCCCCGCCAAGGCCUCUCAAAGAAUCACCACUGGGUGGCGGUGGAGCUGUAUCCUAGCUGUGGCUGAGCUCUUGACAACCACAGUAGUGAUGAAGAAUGCUAAUGGGCCCACCUUGGUUGGGUGCCACAAUGGCGAGCUGUUAAAGCCCUCGCCCGGUAUACAGGAGGUCGUGGGUUCGAUCGCGUCCCUGAUGCCUGCUGUUUAUUUGAAGUUUGCAUGUUCUUCCCGUGGUCGUGUGGAUUUUUCUCCGGGUCCUCCUGUUUUAACCCUCCACAUUUAGAAUCGACAUGCUUUUAAGAGUAUUUGGCUGCUAUAAAUUUCCACGCGAUGAGCCGCUUUGUUGCGCUAUCAUUUGUGGCCAGUUCGCUUUUGAACAACAGAUAUUUAGCUCGGUGGGCCUUACCUGCUAAAAUAAAAAAUAGUUACAAAAAUGGUUUAUAGUUUGCCAUGUUGCUGGGACCGGAGGGAUUCAUUAACGCAGUGUCUCGGCCACUCGGGCCAGCACCGCUGAAAUGCUGCGUUCGAAUCUGCGUUUCAGCCGCCCACGAUUAAACCGGGUGAUCAAGUGCAGCGGCUCGAUUGCCUUGGCCACAAAGUGGACAAUGCACAGGAAACGAGCAAGUUUAACGUUGGUCCCGCACUUAAUUUGACGAAGUUCCAGCUCUUUGAGGAUUAAAAUGUUGGGUUCACUCGCCCAAGGACCGUUAACUUUCGUGUGGCGGAACGAGGUGGCAAAGUGCUGCCCCCACCACCACCACCACCACCCCUAUCGUGCGGACCAGAGGUCACUGGAAAGAAUCCCUGUUCUACUUAUUUUGCUAAAUGUAAUUUGUUAAUUGACGUGCGGUGUGAGUGGCGUGUGACGCGUGCACUUCGCAUGGCGUGUGAACGCCGCGCCCCUGGUGUGCUGUGGCCAAGGAGGUUUUGUUGACGGAGCGAUUUGGGUUCUAGUUCUGUGAUGUCACCUUCGCCGGGUUUGUUCUGUGACAUGGGGUGAUGCACUACCCACCACGUGAUGGUUCCGAAGCGGUAAUGUAUUCUGUCUCUGCACAAUUUUAAACGUAAUUGUAAUUAAACGACACCUUGAACACACAAUGCGCGGAGUAAUCGCGAGUCGUGUGCAAGCUUUCCGGCAAGCGUAGAGCCGAUCUGACAAUGACCACUAUUGACGUACAACAUCGCGUAAUCCGACUCGCUGGGGACAUCGGCGGAUAAGAGAACAGGUCAGGUAUGUUAGCUUCAGUAAAGAUGACAGCUGCACCGUUAUGCACGUGCACGCAUCGCGUGCUGGACGAAAAUCCCGCGGUGCUUUUUAAGCGCGUGACGGUGGCUUGACUGUGACUUUCAGAAUAGAUUGUCCGAACGGACGCGAGGAGGUUGGGGGCGCGUGUGGAACGAUCGACUCUGAACAUCCGAUGGAAACGACGGUUGCGUCCGUGCGCAAAUACUGCACCGGGUGUGCGCGGUUGUCUGGUCGGGGCGGGAUAAGCGGCGGUCGGAUAUGCGAUGUCGCACUGCGUCGUGAAGCGUCGACACCGUCGCGAUGAUGACGACGACGAUGAAGGUGGCGGCUGCAGUCGGUGCCGACGGCGCGAGGAUUCGGCUCUCGAUGCCACAAACUGCGUCUGUUUCGUUGGCCGAGCACAAGAGCUGGAUUGUGGCCAGGAGCCUCCGAAGGAUAAACGCCGGAAUCGUCACGGCCCAGACGCCACAACAGUCACGGCGCUCUCACGCGACUACGGCUACUACCGCGACUCCACGUCCACGGCCGCGACAGCUCCA